CCGUCCCGCUCUGUUGUGUCGCGUGCGCGCGCCCCUCUCCCUCUAGCCACGGGCCGCUCGCCGCUCGGCCGCCGCAGUAGUGGGGAUAGACGCGACGGGUGAACAUCUCAGUGAGACGCGGAGUGCGGUGCGCGUAUCUGCCGCGGUGGGAUCGAAAAGGGUCGAAGGGACGGUAGGGGAGACACGUUGGAACGCGUGGAAGGGGACGGCGAAGGGACGAGGGUCGGACGGCCGAAGGAGGGAGACGGGCGGCCGGUGUCGGGCAAUGCCACUCAACUGAAUCCCCGCUCUGUCCUCGCGGCAGUCUGACGCCGGUCGCGCAGUCAGCAUGGCUGGAUUUUCUCGUAGUUUUUCACCGGUUCUGACGUGAUACGGGAACGGAGUCGGUCGCGGUUUUAGUGCGUGCUCCGAGCCUGUCAGUGUUGAACAGUCGGUACGUGGCUCGAAGCACGACGAGUUACGCGCGCUGAUCGGGGCAUGGGAACGAUGCGAACGAAAGAGACGCCAGAUCUACGAACCUAACCUCCAAAAGACAAAGAUGAGCAGCCGUGGCAUCGUUCCGGUUCAAUCGCGGCCCCGGUGACGCUCGUCCGGCUCGUUCUCGGUACCGUUCGCGUCCCGCCGAAUAUAAACCGUCUCUCCGCACACACGCACCGUGCACCUUUCGCGAAAUGUACCGUGGCUAGCCGCGUGUAAAGUGUACGUUUUCGUCGCGUGACAGCCGCGACUCGUGUGCAUCCUCGCUGCGCCGAGAGACAAGGACGGGGAACGCGGAAAGAACAAAAGGGGGAACGGUGGAACACUACUGUGCGUCCCCCCGUGGUGAGACAGAGAACCAGCGACUGGCUCGUGUACCAGCUGGACGGAGACGCACGGGCGGAGGGAGAAAAGGGAAAAGGGAGGUUACAAAAGGGACUCGACAACAAAUCUUGACCCGGGAACGAGGGAAAGAUUUCUCGGAAGCUCACCGUGCAACGGGAGACCGACUGCUCCGGUGUUUUUGACCUGGACCAGCACUCUCGAGUUUCCCGGAAUUGUUGCUCGGUCUUCAGCGUCUGGCCCGUGAACCCGAGCACCCAGCCACGCAGCGGGGACACGAGAUCGAUACAGCCCGAUACAGGGGAUAACCGUUCGCGAAAUCGUUCUGGAAGACAGGAAGCAUCGUAGCUUUACAUCGUCCCUAAUUGACAGGUGGGAAAGGAGGGUUGGCGGCGGGACCGCGUGGCGCACGGCGAAAGGAGGGCCGACACGCGUAUAUCAACUGGAGCAGGAUAGAGGAUAGUGUCGCGACUGCGAAGAACGAAGAAGGAACGAGAAGGGAGAAAGCAGAAGAAAACGGGACAGAGAGGAACAGAAGAGGAAUAGAGAAAAGAAGAAGAAGAAGAAGACAAGCCUCGAAAAUUUACGAGUGUAGCAGGUUCGCUUCGCGCGUCCGGUAACUUGGGCCAGUCCGGAGCGUUACAAAUGGUCCACCCGUAAAGCCAGCUUACCGUAGAAGACACCGGAAGUAGCCGCCGGAUUUCCGUGGCGCUAGACCCGCGGACGUUCCCGGCCAGAAUAGAAAAUUCCAGUUUAUCGACGCCCAUUGCGAAAGGUUCCCCGGAUCCUCUAGGUCCUGCGAUUUUUGGAUCCGAGCGAUGAUCCCGGUGUUCGAAGGAGGAUCAAUCGCGCCUGGCCGUCGCUGAGAGAAUGUCGAGCACCCGAGCGGCCAGCUGCUGAGCGACCGGCGCCGGUGCAGUUCAUCGAUCAACAAAACUCGCUCAAAUGGGUUAAAAACGAUCGCGAUGGACGGCGCGACCCCGUGCUGCUCGCAAAAUGGUGAUCGUGCUGCCCUCCUGGAAACGCAACAAGUGGCGAACCGCUCCUUAUUCCUGAGCCGUCAUCGUUGCUACCCGAGAGACGGGACAGGGGAUUCGAUCCAGGACCCGUCACCUUUGAUCUGAGGAUCCCGUAGUCACUUCAGAAGGAUCGGGCGUCGUUUCUAGCUCCUGGUAAACUGUAUCAAACGAGAGCUCGCGUUGUAUAUACCUGUAUAUGUAUGUAUAUGUAUCCUCUUCGGGCACGAGAGUUUCCGUGGACGAGGAUUAAAGGACUGAACCAGUUGUCCGGCUGGGGAAUAAGCUUCUUCCGGUAGAUCGAUCGAUCCGAGGGACGGUUCUUUUAAGUUUCGCCGGAGUUUGAAGCUGAAGAGGACUGAUUCUUCCCGAGGAUCGAGGGAUUCUUGACGAUGAGAGGAGCCGAUGCCCGGCGAAGGACGUCUUCUAGGGGAAAAGGAGGAUCCUCGGCGUCGCUGCGACUGUGAACGCGGCCGCGCCGGCCCAGAGGAGUUUGGUGGAUAAUCUGCGAGGCAUCGGUCGCCAUCGGAUGAGACGAUGGUGAUCAAGAUCUCCGCGGUCGAGGCUGGCGUUCCUUUGUUAAGCGCCGUCGGUCCGCGCUGCGUCGUCAAGCAGGCCACGGUUAAGCGAUGCGUCGCGGCCCUGCUGCUCGUCUCCGUCGCGAGUAUAUUCUACUACACGCAUUACAUCAUCAGCAGCCCCUUGGCUAGCCUGAUUCACCGGGACACUAGGCCGGAGCCACUGAUAAGGUGUUCGACGUUAAGGGAAGCAACGAGGCUGCCGUCCGCUCCGGACCACCGGAGCGAGGCGCGUCUGAGAACCGACCCGAAGGUGUUGGUGUUCGUGGAAACGCUGUACUCGAUGCUCGGCAAAAACAUCGCGGAACUGCUCGUCUCUAAUCGAAUCAAAUACAAGCUGGAGGUCGCCGGCAAGUCGCUGCCGGUGCUGACGAACCUGGACAAAGGUCGGUACGGCGUGCUGAUCUUCGAGAACCUAAACAAGUAUCUGCAGAUGGACAAAUGGAACCGCGAGCUGCUGGAUAAAUACUGCAGGGAGUACUCCGUCGGCAUCGUGGGCUUCGCGCCGUCCGGCGAGGAGAGUCUUGUCGGCGCGCAGCUGAAGGGCUUUCCUCUGUUCGUGCACACUAAUCUUAGAUUAAAGGAUGCUCAGCUGAACGCGGCCUCCCCUAUUCUCCGAUUAACCAGAUCCGGGGAAACAGCCUGGGGACCGCUUCCUGGCGGUGACUGGACCAUUUUUCAGGCCAAUCACAGCACCUACGAGCCGCUCGCGUGGGCGCACCGGGACAGCCUCGACUAUCCGGCCAACAAGAGUCCUCUGGCGACCGUCAUUCAGGAUCACGGCAGAUACGACGGGAUCCAGAGGGUGUUCUUCGGCGGGGGGCUGCGUUUCUGGCUGCACAACCUGCUGCUGCUCGACUCCCUGUCCUACCUAUCGCACGGCCAAUUGAGCCUCAGCCUGAAUCGCAUGAUCCUGGUGGACGUGGACGAUAUAUUCGUCGGCGAGAAGGGCACCAGGCUGAGGAAGGACGACGUGAUGGCGCUGCUGGCCACCCAGCAGAGGAUCCAGGCGCUGGUGCCCGGCUUCAAGUUCAAUCUGGGGUUUUCCGGGAAGUACUUCCAUCAUGGGACGGCGGAGGAGAAUUUGGGGGACGACAUGCUGCUGGAGAACGUCGACAGAUUUACGUGGUUUUCGCACAUGUGGAACCAUCAGCAGCCCCACCUCUACGAGAAUGUAACGCAUCUGCAGCUGGACAUGGCGUUGAACAAACAAUUCGCGAAGGAUCACGGGAUCCCGACGGGAAGCGGGUACAGCGUAAGUCCACAUCACUCCGGCGUUUAUCCGGUCCACGAGGGGCUGUACGAGGCCUGGAAAAGAGUAUGGAACAUCAAAGUCACCAGCACAGAGGAGUAUCCCCAUCUGAGGCCCGCUCGUUUAAGACGCGGCUUCAUUCAUCGUAACAUAAUGGUACUACCGAGGCAGACCUGCGGCCUUUUCACACACACGAUCUUCAUCGAUAAAUACCCGGGCGGCCGGGACAAGCUGGACAAAUUGAUACAGGGCGGCGAGCUGUUCCAGACCAUCGUUCACAAUCCUAUCAAUAUUUUUAUGACGCACAUGUCGAAUUACGGGAACGAUCGUCUGGCGUUGUACACCUUCGAGUCGGUGAUCAAGUUCAUUCAAUGCUGGACGAACUUGAGGCUGUCCAGCGCGCCGCCCCUCCAACUGGCUGAACGUUACUUUCAACUUUACCCGGAGGAGUCUGAUCCUGUGUGGGGCAAUCCCUGUGACGAUCAAAGGCACCAGAAGAUCUGGUCGAGGAACAAAACCUGCGAUCAGCUGCCGAGGUUCCUGGUAAUCGGCCCCCAAAAAACCGGCACCACCGCUCUCUACACUUUCCUGUCCAUUCACCCAGCAAUAAGCAGCAACUUGCCGAGUCCGGACACGUUCGAAGAGAUCCAGUUCUUUAAUGGGAAAAAUUAUUACAAGGGCCUAGACUGGUACAUGAGCUUCUUUCCAGCGUCGAAGAACGAGAGUUCGCGGUACCUUUUCGAGAAGUCCGCUACGUAUUUCGACGGAGAACUGGUGCCGCGGAGGGCUCACGCGCUGUUGCCCAAAGCGAAAUUAAUUACUAUACUCCUAUCGCCGGCGAGGCGAGCUUAUUCUUGGUACCAGCAUACGAGGGUCCACGGCGACGCGGUGGCCAACAAUUACUCCUUUCACUCGGUGAUCACCGCGAGCGAUACUGCUCCGAAGCCUUUGCGUGACCUCAGGAAUAGAUGUUUAAAUCCUGGAAAAUACGCUCAGCAUCUAGAGCGAUGGCUCUCCUAUUACCCGCCUCAGCAGUUGCACAUCAUAGACGGCGAGCAACUGCGACAGAAUCCCGUGGAGACGCUGCACGAGCUGCAAAGGUUCCUAAAGAUCACGCCGGCGUUUAAUUAUUCGUCCCAUCUGAGGUACGACCCGAAGAAGGGAUUCUUUUGCCAGGUGACCAACGAGGAUCGAACGAAAUGCCUCGGGAAGAGCAAAGGCCGCCAGUACCCGCCGAUGGAGGAUAAGUCGUAUAAAUUGUUGCAGAGGUAUUAUCUGUCCCACAACACGGCCCUAGUUAAAUUAUUGAAGAGACUCGGACUUCGGACGAUCCCGCAAUGGCUGAAGGAGGACCUGACCGACACGGUGAUGACCUAGCAAACGUCGAUCAUGUGAAACGACACCGUUUCGGCACUCCUCAUCUCGACGGUGAACGAGAUCCAUCGUUUGCUAGCGGAAGAUCUGUAAAAUACAUUUUGUAAAGUAUAUUGAUCGCUCCACUGGACUCGAGAUCCUCGACGGAAGGACCAUUACAGGCCUAGAUCCCAGUGGGCGGUUGGCCUAAAACCGAUGGGGGAGCCUGCGAAACUAGUCACUAACAGAGAACGGUAUCACGGUGACACGGCCGUGGCUGUCGAUCGUUGUUAAUAGCGCUAUUAUUAACGUUAUAUAUUAUUAUCGUCAUCGUUGCUCCCUCGGAGCAAAUGAUCGUUGAAAAGGAACAGGGACCGUCGACGGCCAUCCUCGUCUUAGAAACUCAACUCGAUCGCUCUAAUCUUUACUACCACGGCGAAGAACAAAGGAUUCCUAACUUCCGCCCGGAAAUUGAAUCCUCUAUGGUGGCGCGUUUUAUUUGAUAAAAUCAAUAUUUUGGUAACAAACGCAAACGAAUAGAAUUCAAGGGCUCGGAGACUUCGCUUAUUCUGCGGCUCGAGUAGUAAAGAAUAGACGACGGUGGACGAACUUCUGGACGAUAUUAAGGGGGCGAAGGUCCUGUGGGAAGUAACGAUGACACACUGCGAGACGAGAUCUGUCCAAAUCGUGUUACAAUGUUUGAAGAGAUUUAUUUCCUCACGAAAGUGAUCCGCGAGAUAGACGGAGCGUCGAUGUUUGUUGGAUCGACGCGAUCCGCCAGUCCUUCACUCCUGGCACUAAUCGCAGGAUCGUUUCGCCGCGAGUAAGAGACCUCCGGGAUUUCUUCGAGCUUCACUCCCGCCCACUUACCUCUCGGAGACACCGAUGUACAUUAAUUCUAGCCGCGUAAGCGUAUUUAAGGAAACGAUAAUGAUGAUUCUAUGUAUAUUUUGACAAUACUAUUCUUGGUACCGGCGAUGGGGGAGGACCGAUGGAGAACUGUAUGCAAAUGGCCGAGUGAAUGAGUGAGAGAAAGAAUAGAGAGACACGUUUGUACAUUCAUGUAUCGUACCAUUUCGAUGUGAUCGUAGGUGUACCAUAAUGAAAAAUUGACUUAACACGAUGAAAUUCGAUGGGGCGAUCUUACCGUUGGAUCGUCAACCGCUGAUCUUCACCAUGCCGAGGUGAUAACUGCCUAUUCGCAAUUGUCGCCGUUGUCGCGUGCGAGGCGCGCGGACUACGGUUUCUAACGAUACACCCUUGAGUUCCGUGGUAGGUGAAUAUAUUCGUUGUUGAUGGGGAUCGAUCGAUUUUUCGAAACUUUAAUACCUGAUGUAUUAUAUAGGGAGUCCCGUAGAGUCGCGAGUUUGCGAGGUAAAUAUCGUUGUACACGAGAUAGUUUAAUCGUGACGAUCGUUUGUUGAAUGCAUAUCAGUUACUAUUGUCUUUGUUGAACCUUGUAUACGAUAUAUUAGCUACUUACGUAUCUUUCCAGUCGAUCGAUGCCGGCCCGUCGAAUUCGAUCGAUCAGUCCGCGCCGGUGUGUCGUCCUCGACGACCGAUUUCCUUCGUGUCCUUCAAAUCGAACGCGUCUCGGCUCGUUCGCGGGGCUAAGUUCAAAACCUGUCAUAUCAGAGAGUCGUUUCGAGCAAAGGAAUCGCUGCACAAAUCGUCUAGAACGGGAGCAGUAACGAACUUUCGAGAAUCCGUCAAUUUUGGGCCAAAGCUAGAGGCGAGUCGCUGAAGUUCUUCUCGAUCGUUGUCUCGCCGACGAUCGGAACCGUUUUUACACUUUUAAACGUCGUCGCGCGAACCGUUUCUCCUUCUCUUUUUUUUCCCCCUUUUUUUCUCGUUUUUCUCCUUUGUUACCCCUUUGUAUAUUUUAUUUUCAUUUUUAUACUGCCGUUAAACUGUGUCACGUGACGGUUAACGAAAUCAUGUACAAAGUUCAUUGUUAAUAUAAUAAAUAGUUAACGAGUAACAACGGAUAUCCACGUAAACUGAAGCGAUUGAUCUGUUUCGUCGAAUCGUGCCAUUUUACCAGUGUUGUAUAUACAGUUGUACUAUUGUAAUCGCGACGUCGGAUCUCUAGAGUCAAUAUUCACGAUUUUCGUUCGGUAUGGCGGCGGCAACGACUGUCCGGUUUGCCGCCAGCUGACAAUAAUAAUAUUUGACAAAACGGAAUCAGAAACGUCGGCCGAAGAUUCUUCGUGGUCGCUGAUCGAUUGUAUCGGCGAUACUUUAUCGUUGGCUCGUCGACACGAUUCUCUUCGGACCCUAUCCAUUUUAAUUCUGAACGGAAACUGCCUUGGAACAUAUGGAAAUUGCAAUUGAUUUUCUAUUCGAUAAGAUCAAUUCGAACUUCUCGAUUCUAACCGAGCUUAUCGCGUGUGCUCGCAAUCGUAUGCGUUUCGUAAAUGGAAAUCUCUCUCGAAAUCGUGACUCAAUUCAUCGAUCGCACUCGUUAUCAGUUGAAACGCGAGCCAACGAUAAGGUGCUGCCAAUACUCUGCGCGCGUAUUAACGAUUUUCAGUUUGACCGAGAAUCGCGCAGAGUAGGAACUUUUUUUGGCUGUCCCCGGAGGCUGUCGUACAGGCAGAGAAAUGAAAAGGGGACGGAGAAAGCUAUCAUUGUGCAAAUAAGCGGGGGACACGUGUAAAAUAUGUGUACGACACUUUAAUAGGACUUUUGAUUAUUUAACUUAAAAAUUAUUCUAUUGUAAAAUACUGUAAUAACUGUAUGAAUAGUCGGUAAGUUCUAAUAAAAGAAAUGUUUAAA